CCGCGGCGCUUCUCCUCCUCCUCCUCCUCCUCCUCCUGCUGCGGCGGCUGCAAGGGGACUGAACUUCUGCGCGCCCGCCCGUGAGCUGCCCCCCGGCCUCGGCGCUGCCGCUCCGGGCCCGGCGCUCGCUGCGUGCGGGGCUUCCCGCUCCGGCUGCCCCCGCCCCCCAGCGGCGGGCGUGGGCUCCCCGCGGUCUCCGCUGCCCGCUCGGCCGGGGCGGUGGGGUGCGUGUCUGUGGGGGGUGUGUGUGUGUGUGUUUUUGUUUUGUUUUUGUUUUGUUUUGUUUGUUUUUUGGCGGGGGGGGGGUGGGUGGCCGCGGAAGGCACGGCGCCAACUUCUUUGCAACAAGUUCCAGCCCCUCGCCCCCUUUCGAUGUGCGCCUUUGGACAUGCGGAGGCUACUGCAACCGUGUUGGUGGAUCUUCUUCUUGAAAAUCGCCAGCGCCGUGCUCCACUAUGUGGUGUGCUUCCCCGCUCUGACUGAAGGGUACGUUGGCUCACUACAUGAAAACAGACAUGGUAGUUCUGUGCAAAUACGGCGGCGUAAGGCCUCGGGGGAUUCUUACUGGGCUUACUCAGGUACUUAUGGUCCUGAGCACUGGGUUACUUCAAGUGUGGACUGUGGAGGCACUCACCAGUCUCCAGUAAACAUCAUAGACCAUCAGGCACGUGUGGGAGAUGAAUAUCAAGAAUUACAGCUUGAUGGUUUUGACAACGAAUCCUCUAACAAGACAUGGAUGAAAAACACUGGGAAAACUGUCGCUAUCCUUCUGAAGGACGAUUAUUUCAUCAGCGGUGCUGGGCUGCCAGGUAGAUUCAAAGCAGAAAAAGUGGAAUUUCAUUGGGGUCAGAGCAAUGGAUCCGCUGGCUCUGAGCACAGCAUCAAUGGCAAGAGAUUCCCUGUUGAGAUGCAGAUUUACUUCUACAAUCCUGACGACUUUGACAGUUUUGGAGCAGCAAUUUUAGAAAAUCGGAUAAUAGGAGCCAUGGCUGUGUUUUUUCAAGUCAGUCAGAGGGACAAUCCAGCACUGGAUCCUAUUAUCCAUGGGUUGAAGGGUGUCGUACAUCAUGAGAAAGAGACCUUUCUGGAUCCCUUUGUGCUGAGAGACCUUCUGCCGACGUCACUGGGAAGUUAUUAUCGCUAUACAGGUUCUCUGACAACUCCACCAUGUAGCGAGAUUGUGGAAUGGAUAGUUUUUCGCAGGCCUGUUUCUAUUUCUUAUCACCAGCUGGAGGCGUUCUAUUCCAUAUUUACCACAGAACAGCAAGAUCAUGUCAAGUCUGUGGAGUAUCUAAGGAAUAACUUCCGACCGCAGCAGAGUCUGAAUGACAGGGUGGUGUCCAAGUCUGCUGUGAAAGAUGCUUGGAGCCAAGAUGUGAUGGACAUCUUAGAAAAUCCAUUUGGCACAGAGGCUUCCAAAGUUUGCAGUACUCCCCCGGUCAACAUGAAAGUGCAGCCUGUGAACAGAACAGCUUUGCUAGUAACUUGGAACCAACCAGAGAUCAUCUACCACCCUCCCGUUAUGAACUACAUGAUCUCCUACAGCUGGGCUAAAAAUGAAGAUGAAAAAGAGAAGACUUUCACCAAGGACAGUGACAAGGACCUGAAAGCCAUCAUUAGCCAUGUCUCACCUGACAUCCUUUAUCUGUUCAGAGUUCAAGCAGUUUGCCGAAAUGACAUGCGUAGUGACUUUAGCCAGACAAUGCUCUUUCAAGCUAACACUACUCGAAUAUUCGAGGGGACCAGAAUUGUUAAAACAGGAGUGAAUAAUGGGCAGAAUGGAGUGUUUGGAAAGAAAAAGAAACCAAAAGGAAAAAAGAGCCGAGGUAGCAUAUCAGGUACCCCUACUGACACUCUCUCUGGUGUGUUUUCUUCCCUUGUCCCCUCUGGUGGUGUCUUCAAGCCUACAGCUUCUCCUGCUUCUUCAGCUGACAUGGCUCCCAUCAGUUCUGGAUCUUCUACCUGGACUUCUUCUGGUCUUCCUUUCUCCUUUGUUUCAAUGGCAACUGGAAUGGGACCUUCAUCCAGUGGAAGCCAAGCAACCGUGGCCUCCGUGGUGACCAGCACGUUGCUUGCUGGCCUUGGGUUUAGUGGUGGCGGUAUUUCCUCCUUUCCUAGCACUGUGUGGCCAACCCGCCUUCCUAGUGCUGCUUCUACCAGCAAACAGUCAGUUAGGCCAAUGCUUACAACUCCUGAGGCUUUAUCUUCCCCAGGACCGGACAGUGAUUCUGCUCUGACAAAAGACAAGGAAGGAGCAGAGGAAGGAGAAAAGGAUGAGAAGAAUGAAAGUGAGGAUGGCGAAAGGGAACAUGAUGAAGAGGGUGAAAAGGAUUCGGAAAAGAAAGAGAAGAGUGCAGUGACAGAGGCUGCCGAGGUACAAAAUAACACUGAGACCACACUAACGACCAUUUCCCCUAAUAGAACUGUAGAGGAGGAAGGAAAUAAAACCAUACCUGGUCAAGAGCAAAACAUUUUCCCAACAGAUAAGAGUCCUGAAGAAGAGAGGGUUACUGAAACAGACACUCAGCCCCAACCUCUGCCCUCCACCCAAGUGCCACCAGCAUUCACAAAUGAACAUUAUGUAGGGCAAAUCCCAAAGGGACCAGAGACAACAUCAAGAAAAGCUUUUCCCAACGACCGCAGGUUUCCAGAGGAAAAUCCAUCUGAUAACAGAUUUAUCACCAUUAACCCAGACAAGAAUAGCUCCGGUAUGGCAACCAGACCUUCUCCUGGCAAAAUGGAAUGGAUCAUCCCUCUGAUUGUGGUAUCAGCCCUGACCUUUGUGUGCCUCAUUCUUCUUCUUGCUGUGCUGGUUUACUGGAGAAAGUGUUUUCAGACAGCUCAUUUCUACGUGGAAGACAGCAGCUCACCUCGAGUGGUCCCUAAUGAGAGUAUUCCCAUUAUACCUAUCCCAGAUGAUAUGGAAGCCAUUCCUGUCAAACAGUUUGUUAAACAUAUCAGUGAGCUCUAUUCUAAUAACCAACAUGGCUUCUCAGAAGACUUUGAGGAAGUGCAACGCUGUACAGCCGACAUGAACAUCACAGCAGAACAUUCCAAUCACCCAGAUAACAAGCACAAGAACAGAUACAUCAACAUUUUAGCAUAUGAUCACAGUAGGGUGAAACUAAGGCCUUCUCCAGGAAAAGAUUCUAAGCACAGUGACUACAUUAAUGCUAAUUAUGUUGAUGGUUACAACAAAGCAAAAGCCUAUAUUGCUACCCAGGGACCUUUAAAGUCUACAUUUGAAGAUUUCUGGAGAAUGAUUUGGGAACAAAAUUCUGGAAUCAUUAUCAUGAUUACAAACCUCGUGGAAAAAGGAAGAAGAAAAUGUGAUCAGUACUGGCCAACGGAGAAUAGCGAGGAAUACGGCAACAUUAUAGUCACAUUGAAGAGCACAAAGGUACAUGCCUGCUACACCGUCCGCCGUUUCACAGUCAGGAACACAAAAAUGAAAAAGGGUCAGAAAGGAAACCCCAAAGGGCGACAGAACGAGCGAACGGUUAUUCAGUAUCACUAUACACAGUGGCCUGACAUGGGAGUGCCAGAAUACGCUCUGCCUGUGCUAACCUUUGUGAGGAGAUCUUCAGCCGCCAGGACCCCGGAAAUGGGACCCGUGCUUGUACACUGCAGUGCUGGUGUGGGCAGAACGGGGACCUACAUUGUGAUAGACAGCAUGCUGCAGCAGAUAAAAGACAAAAGCACAGUUAACGUCCUGGGUUUCCUGAAACACAUCAGGACACAGCGCAACUACCUCGUUCAAACAGAGGAGCAGUACAUUUUUAUUCAUGAUGCCUUGCUGGAAGCCAUCCUUGGGAAGGAGACUGAAGUAUCUGCAAACCAGCUGCAUAGUUAUGUUAACACCAUUCUUAUACCUGGAAUAGGAGGAAAGACACGACUAGAGAAGCAAUUCAAGCUGGUUACUCAGUGUAAUGCUAAAUAUGUGGAAUGCUUCAGUGCUCAGAAAGACUGCAACAAAGAGAAGAACAGAAACUCAUCAGUUGUGCCAUCUGAACGUGCUAGGGUGGGUCUCGCGCCACUGCCUGGAAUGAAGGGAACUGAUUACAUUAAUGCCUCUUAUAUCAUGGGUUACUACAGGAGCAAUGAGUUCAUCAUAACCCAGCAUCCUCUUCCACAUACAACUAAAGACUUCUGGCGAAUGAUCUGGGAUCACAAUGCACAGAUCAUUGUCAUGCUGCCAGACAACCAGAGCUUGGCAGAAGACGAGUUUGUAUACUGGCCAAGUCGCGAAGAAUCCAUGAACUGUGAGGCCUUUACCGUGACCCUAAUCAGCAAAGACAGACUGUGCCUCUCUAAUGAAGAGCAAAUUAUCAUCCAUGACUUUAUCCUUGAAGCGACCCAGGAUGACUACGUUCUGGAAGUACGCCACUUUCAGUGUCCCAAAUGGCCAAACCCAGAUGCCCCUAUAAGCAGUACCUUUGAACUUAUCAAUGUAAUCAAGGAAGAGGCCUUAACAAGGGAUGGCCCCACCAUUGUUCAUGAUGAGUAUGGAGCUGUGUCAGCCGGAACGCUGUGUGCCCUGACCACCCUGUCCCAACAACUGGAGAAUGAAAAUGCUGUCGAUGUUUUCCAAGUGGCAAAGAUGAUCAAUCUUAUGCGGCCUGGAGUAUUUACAGACAUUGAACAGUACCAGUUUCUUUAUAAAGCAAUGCUAAGCUUGGUGAGCACUAAGGAAAAUGGAAAUGGUCCCAUGACACUGGACAAAAAUGGCGCUGUGAUGGUCAGUGAUGAACCGGAUCCUGCAGAAAGCAUGGAGUCUCUUGUCUAAUUGGAAUCUUGAAAAGGCACUUCAUUUGUAGAACUUCUGAAGACGGAGUGAACUUUUUUGAGGCCUUUUUUGCCAGACUCUAGGUUAUACAAUAACCCAAUUACUUUUUUACACUGAUAAAAGUUUUUAUAUUUAUUUUUUGCCAUUUUAUGUCUUAAUGGUAGCCUACUGAGCAUUCGCACCUCUGUUUCUUUCACACAGCGCACCGCCAUUUUCUCUAGUUUGCACUAUAUGAUCAGUGUUACUGCCUAUAAUAUUCUACUACAAAAGCAAGCCCUGACAUUCCAUGACAACAAACGUUACUUUUUAGUUUAAAUGCAGUGAAGUUUUGUUAACUACAGUGACCCUUGAAUCUUAAAUCUUGAAUGCUAGACCAGAUAGAUUCUUUCUACAAGAAAUACUGCACCCCUUCAGACUCCUAAUAUUUAUUGCUUUAAUUUUAAUUGUUGUAGGUCUUCUGUAUUCCAGUUCAGUGGAUAAGCAAUAUUCAUCCUUUCUUGAUACAAUGUGGCAGGUGAUUACUAGCUACAGUGAAGGUAGAAUAGCCUCAUGGAGCUGAAACAAUUGCUUUUGUAUUGUUUCAGAUUCUGCUUUUGUAUACUUGGAGGUCUAAGAAUUGCUUCACAUGGAACACAUAAAAUUACAUUCAAAAAACGUAAAGAACAACUCAUACCUGGGACACAGUCACGGAUUUUGACAUUACAGCUUCAAAGCUUCCCCAAUUAUUCAGAAUAAAAAUGUCAGUUUUAGAUUUUAAAACCACCAUAUGGGAAAGUGUGUUAUUUUUUAUUUUCAUCAUAGCGAAUUCAAUGAAAACUCUGCUACAAUCUAAAAUAGGUCUGUUUUGAGACACAUGAAGGUAGCAAUAUUUUACAUUACUAAGCUAUUCAAUCUUUUAAACACAUUAAUUUCCUUACUAUUUCUUGAACAGGACCUCACACCUAAUGGUAUGUCACAUGGCGAAGACAGGCGUUUCUUAAUUUCAUAACUGUUAGAUGCCAUUUUUACAGGUGUGUAAUUUUCAUAUUUUAGUGCUAAAACAUAAAGUACUGAUCCAUAUUUACUGGUGAAGCAAACUAAUAAAAAUAACUACCUAUAAAAGUA